UUGAACCAAUGAGCAACAGGGGUCCCAUCUCUGUGGAGAAGUUUCCCAAGCACGCACAGGAUAUGUACGCUAGCGAAGGCUUUGCAGCUGAGUAUGAUAUAAUUCAACAGCUGGCGCCGAAGAUGAUGGCCGCCGAAGUGUGCAGUCGCCCGGAGAAUAAGCUGAAGAAUCGUUAUGCAAACAUCAUCGCAUAUGACGAUACUCGAGUUGCGCUCUCUCAAACUGGGGGUGAUCCCAACUCUGAUUAUAUCAAUGCAAACUGGUUAAGCGGCUUCAAGUGUGAAAAGGAGUUCAUCGCCACCCAAGGCCCCGUCCCUCAGUCAAUCAUCGACUUCUGGAGAAUGAUCUGGGAGACCAAGGCCAGGACAAUCGCCAUGGUAACCAACCUGGAAGAGGGUGAUAAGUUGAAGUGCAACCAGUACUGGCCCACUCAGGGUGGUAUUAUCUAUGGUAACUUGGUGGUGACACUCACUGGUACUCUAAGCCAAUCACACCACGUCAUCAGAACAUUCCAAGUUGCCACGGAGGACGACGUCAACAAAGGAGUCACGGAGAACAUUCGCGAAGUCAAGCAGUUUCACUUCAUUUCGUGGCCGGACCACGGCGUACCGGCCCACCCCACGCCAUUGCUGACGUACUGGCAGAGGAUUCGCAAGUCACAGCCCAGAGCAAAGGCAAAUGACCAGACCCCUCAACCACCCGUCAUUGUUCACUGCAGUGCUGGUGUUGGCAGGACCGGCACACUGAUAGUGAUCGACGCCAUGAUAGCGCAGGCUGAACGCGAGAAGAAACUCGACGUCUUCAGCUUCGUGAUGGAGUUGCGACGACAGCGUAACUUCAUGGUCCAGACGGAGAGCCAGUACAAGUUUAUACACGACGCUCUCGUCGAGUAUUUCAGCUUCGGCGCCAGCACGGAGGUGCCGGUGAACGACCUACGGCAGUGUAUCAGAUCACUGAACAUGAUGUCGGAGGGUGAGAGCGGGUAUGAGAUUGAGUACAAGAGACUUGCCUGUGGAGUGCCUAACCGAUCGCCAGUGGACUUGGCAACCAAGGCGUACAACAAGAAAAAGAACAGAUUCACCAGCUUUGUCCCAUACAACCAGCCAGCCGGUCACAACACGAAGGAUGCGCCAAAUGUCGGAGAGAGCUCCGGCAGAGUCAUUCUUCCGGCGCAAGCCAGCGUUGAAGGUUCCGACUACAUCAAUGCCAGCUUUGUUGACAGUUUCUCCAUGCCCAAGGCAUACAUAGCUACCCAAGGCCCUAUGCUCAACACCAUCACUGAUUUCUGGACCAUGGUGUGGAAGUACGAUUGCCAAUCCAUCGUCAUGCUCUCAAAUCUCAGAGAGAAGAACUCCGAACACAGUGUACUGUACUGGCCUGACAAGGAAUCAGAGCCCUCGUCAUACGGUGACAUUCUGGUGACGUUUGCCGCCGAGAAAAUCCUGACCGACUUUGCCGUGCGUGAUUUCACCGUUACGCAUACAAAAGAAAGUGUCUCGCGCACAGUUCGUCAAUUUCACUACAUUGGCUGGCCGGAGCGUGGAGUACCGCAGUCUGGCAAAGCUAUGCUGGAAAUGAUUGGGCAGGUUGAACAUCAUCAGCUCAGCUCAGGAAACAAGACAGUUGUCGUGCACUGCAGCAACGGAUCAGGUCGCACCGGAACCUACAUUGGUAUCAGUUCGGCUAUAGACCGUGCGAAGAGUGAGAACUCCGUGGACGUCUUUCAAAUGACGAAGAUGAUGAGGAUGCAGAGAGCAGGAUGUGUGCAAUCAUCCGAGCAAUACAAGUUCAUCUACAACACAGUGCUUGACUACAUAGCCAGCUUCGAGACGUACGGAAACUUCAAGUGAUUAGUGCUGUUUUCGAGGCAACCUCCAGCAACUUCUCAAGUUUCUUCUUUGUGUAUGAAGGACAGGCACAUGUUGACCUACGUGUACGUCCGCAUACAGCAAUCGUAUACAUGCACACGGAUAUUGUAUCCAUUGAUCGACUCUACUUUGAAGUAUGAGGGGUAUUUCCCCCCGGACCCCGGACCAAAGUUGACGCUUCCCUGCCCUCCCACACACAUAGUAGCACUGACUGAAAGGGUGCACCUCUCAAUGUCUCCACUCGUUCUCUGGUUGCUUUCAAUUCUGCGACGAUUUUUGACUGGUUCAUGCUAAUUUCCGAAAUAAUUUCCUUUCACCCUUCCGGUCUCCAACUGACUGCUCUAUAAUCAAUUCAAUUCAUUUCUAAAUGCUUGCCUCAGUGGGCAAAGUUCACCAAUUGUUCAUUCUCACUUCAAUUCGCGACUCUCGCUUUGAUACUUCUAGUAGCUGUUGGUGCGAACUUUUGCUCUUCCCCCCCCCCCCCCCUCAAAUUGACAAUUUCCUUUCAUUCGAUUUCAUGAUUGAUUUCGUAUGCAUUUUCUGGCAAUAAUUUAAGUAUUCAUUUAGCUGGGAGUGCCCUCACUGUCCCUACUAGCACAUACAGCAUUCUGCUACAUUUCAGCAUUACUGAAAAUUGACAAUGGAUUGAUACGAUGACGGAACGUCAGCUUUA